AUUUCAGACCAAUAUUAUUGCGAAGUCUUCGGCUCUUCGCUCGCCACUCAUCCUCCUCCUCUUCCUCCUAAAAAUCUGACCCUCUCUCUGUUUUGGUGUCGGAAAACCGAUGGCGAGGUCUCAAUUGAUCAAUCUGAUUGGGCUGUUGGGACUCUUCCUGUCGGUGGCUUUACUACUUGUUCCGUCGACUUCAGCCGCAUCUACGAAAGUUCGAUACUGCGAUAAGAAGGCUCAGUAUGCUGUUAAGGUCAGUGGAGUUGACAUCACACCUUACCCUAUCACAAGGAACAAGAAAACUACCUUCAAAAUCGCUGCAUCUACAGAUGCAACCAUCGCUGGAGGGGAACUAGUGAUUGAUGUGUCCUACUUUGGAUUCAAUGUUCGCACGGAGAAACAUAAUCUUUGUAACGAGACAUCGUGCCCUGUGACUGCAGGAGAUUUUGAGAUUGCUCACUCGCAAGUUUUACCGGGAUAUACCCCACCUGGUUCCUACACGCUCAAAUUGAAAUUGUCGGAUGCUAACAAGCAGCUGUUGACAUGCAUUAACUUUGACUUCAGCAUAGGCUUUGUUGCAACGGAGGAUGUAGCCGAUACUUGAGUGCUUGGAAGAUUUAGUCAACAUUGGCCAUUUGGUUUUAAAAAAUAAAAUAUGUGUAUAGAUGACUUGUGUUACUAAGCUACCUCUAUUGGUACUAUGUGACGUCUAAGAUUGUUCUUACCGUUCUCUUUUCCUGGAUCAGAUGUCAAACACGAGGUACUAUGAGUGAAACUUCGUACUCAGUCUCCAUUGAGUUGAACUUCCAGAGUAUAAUGUACUAAAUUUACUAGCCAACUGAUCCUUCAAAAAAGUUAUAGAUCUGCACGAUGACGAAACUCUGAUCAUCUUUGCCUA